AUGCCAACCCCCCUCAGAAACAACCACGCCAUCCCCUCCCUCGGCUUCGGCGUCUACGACUCCCCUCCACACACAACCCGCGCCUCAGUCUCACACGCCCUCGCCGCCGGGUACCGCCAUAUCGACACGGCACAAUACUACGAGAAUGAAGCACAGGUCGGGCUUGCUAUUCGCGAAUCGCGGAUCCCGCGUGAUGAGAUUUUCGUGACCACGAAAGCGUUGGAUGGGAGUGGGAGUGUUGACGAUAUUCUCUGCAGGAUGAGGAAGAGCGUGGCGGAUAUCGACGGGGAGGAGGGCUACGUUGACCUCUUUCUCGUUCACUCGCCCAGCGUCGGAAAGGAGGAACGGAAGAGGAUUUGGCUCGCCCUCGAACGCCUCCACGACCUCAACCUCACCCGCGCCAUCGGCGUAUCAAACUACGGCGUCAAGCACUUGGAAGAAUUGCAAACGUACGCUUCCCCCCACCACUUUCCCCCCGCCGCAAACCAGAUCGAGCUCCACCCCUGGUGCCAACAACGCCCCAUCACAACCUACUGCUCCUCCCUCAAAAUUCCCCUCCUCGCAUACUGCCCCCUCGUCCGCGCCCAACGCUCCACCGACCCCAUCCUAACCCGCAUCGCCACCGCCCACAAUGUGUCAUGGGCUCAGGUUUUGGUGAGGUGGGCAUUGCAGAAGGGGUUCGUGCCCUUGCCGAAGAGUGAUACGAAGGAGAGGAUUGCGGGGAAUGCCGCGGUGUGGGGGUGGGCGUUGACGGAGGAGGAGAUGGGGGAGCUGGAUGGCUUGGAUGAGGGGGCGGAGGGGGCGAUUGGCCCGAACCCGGUGGAGUGUGAGUAA